AUCUAUGCAUCUGGCAUCAUUACGAACAGCUGAUAAAUUAAAACAAAAAAACGACAAAAAGAAAAUGUCAAAAAAUAGCGUGUCCGGCCAAACAAACAUUUCGUUACAACAGUUUUAAAUAAUUACCAAAUAUUUUCGUUUUCAAAAUGAAAUUUGUUAUAGAAAAUGUAAGCAAGUCUUCCGGACGCCUGGGGCAUUUUGUACAAGCGGAAACAGGAAAGCGUUUUCGCACACCAUUGUUAGUACAAACAACUAAAGCUGGAAGCAUUCCAUACCUCAGUCGGGAGGUAUUUGAUUAUAUUACCAAAGACACGCCAACCUUGCAAUUUUCAUUAUCUACCAUCAAUCAUAUGACGGAAUCACUCAAAUUGUUUAAAGACACACUCGGCGCAUAUAUGGGCUAUCCAGAAUGCUUGUCCUUAUUGGUGAUACGCGACACUUGUACGGCAACACCGAGCGGACAUAACGACAAAGAUACAAUGCCGCUUUUUACGAGAAGGGGAAAGGAAAUGCUAACAGCGACAAGUUAUAUGGACGCAGUAGAAGUUCUAAAACCAAAUAUAUAUCAAGGCCUUUGUGAUGCUGAUACCAAUUUAGAUAGCGCUAAAAAGCGCAUAACGAAGUGUGUUGAUCGAACGACACAAUUUAUGGAUAUUUGCUAUGAGCGACAUAAAAACUCCACAGUAUUAAAUAAAAGCGCUUUAUUCGUGCCCAUCGUUGGAGGCUACAGCACGUUUGCGCGUUCCGAGUCUAUCAAACAUGCGAGAGCGAAAGGUGAAAGUAUUACGGGUGGUUAUAUUUUUGAGGGUUUUCACAAUAAUGGACUCACUGCCACAGAUGUAGAUGCCGACCAGCUGCUAAAAGUGAUGACGCAUUGUUUGAAUGAACUAAACGUUGAAAAACCAAAAAUGUUGCCAGGCGCGUACACACCGCCCGUAAUGUUGGAAUUAAUUUCCUUAGGUGUGGAUAUAUUCGACACAUCAUACGCAUUCUGUGCUGCUUCCAAUUUUAAAGCACUAACGUUCAAUUUUGAUUUAACAAAAACUGAAAGUACGAAUUUUGCACCAUUUUUGGACAUAACUGUUGAUAGCUUGAAGGAGGACUUUACACCGCUGCUGACAAAUUGCGAUUGUCUAACAUGCAAGAAACAUACGCGCGCUUACUUAUAUCAUCUUUAUAACACGAAAGAGAUGGUUGGCCCAAUUUUAAUUAUGAUACAUAAUUUGCAUCAUAUGAUGCAAUUUUUCAAUGCCAUUUGUAAUUGCAUAGCUGAGGAUAAUAUACCUGAUUUGAUUAAAUUAGUUAAAUAUCAAGGACACGAUGCGGCAACCGAUUAUAGUAUUAAGCUGAAUACUAAAGUAAUUAGUCGAAAUGACCAGGGCAAAAGUUUUACAGUAGCUACAGGUGAUCAAUAAAAAAAAAAUAAAUUUUACUAAAUUUAUUUAACAUAAA